CCAGGAGCCGAGAAAUAAGAACCAGGAAGAACCAGGAACCGAAAAACGAGGACCAUGGGCCAGGGAACAUGAACCAAAGACCAGGGAACAGGAACCACCAACUAGGGACCGGAAUUCAGGAACCAUUGAUCAUGGACCAAGAAGAACCAGGGAUCAGGAACCAUGGACUAAGAAUCAUGUACUAAGAGCAGGAAACAGGAACCACGAACCAUGGAAGAGGAAUCAGGAAUAGUGGACCAAGAACCAGGGACAACGAACCAUGGACCAGGAAUCAGGAACAGUGGACCAAGAACCAGGGAUAACGAACAAUGGACCAGGAAUCAGGAACAGUAGACCAAGAAACAGGGGACAACGAACCAUGGACCAGGAAUCAGGAACAGUGGACCAAGAACCAGGGACAACGAACCAUGGACCAGGAAUCAGGAACAGUGGACCAAGAACCAGGGACAACGAACCAUGGACCAGGAAUCAGGAACAGUGGACCAAGAACCAGGGACAACGAACCAUGGACCAGGAAUCAGGAACAGCCGGGCCAAGAACCAGGGACCACGAACCAGGUGUAUAGGAUGCCACCACGUGGCAGGAUCAUCAGUCAUUAUAAUCGGUCUCUUGGCGUUUUGUGGGUGACUGCAUGGUCACUUCUAGUCCACGACGAAACAGCUUCAAGUUUAACCUUUCCACGCCAAUAUCAAUUACUCCUGAAUGACUCACUGCUACAGGGCUUCUGGGUGAAAUAAAUUCGAAGUAUUCUGAGGGUGUAUAAAGCAGGCAGAAGAUUAUAUAUACACAACUAAUGGGAAUUUCUGCAAAUCAGAAAUACUACAAUCUUGUAGAAACUAUUGGAAGAAUAGACCGCCGAAAUAUUUGUUAAGAAAUCGUAUAAAUGAGGAACGUACAAGACAGGAUCGCCCAGCACAAAAGAAAAAAUAACUCAUUAUAAAUGUCAAAGAGAUCAUAAUCUUAAAGAUACUAUUAAAACUAUGUUAGUAGUGUAAGAUUUGUAGUCACGAGCUAGUGUAGUUUUAUCAGGGUCAAAACAGUACCUAUUGGUCAGCAAGUUUUAGUUAAUCAGGGUCAUAACGGUGCCUAUUUACCAGCAUGUGUUAGUUAAUCAGGGUCAUAACAGUGCUUAUUGACCCAAAGUCGAGCAUAGCUCGGCUUUGAUGCUUGUAAUUUCUAAGUAGCAUCUUCAGAAGUCUUUUUCAUAAGAGCUAGUUUGUGGUUGUCCAGGAGAUAUGUUUUAUUAUUGAAACCUACUACUGGUUUAAUAUUUCAGGAUAUAUUUUUCUCGUUAAUUUCUUCUAAGUCCAAUGUAUACAUACCCGAUAGCUUAGCUUUAUUCAGGAUGUAUAUUCUUUAUUAUACCUAGAUGUCAUAAUAUUAUCUCAAUCUUAACUAAUGAUCAUAUACCUAGAAUUUUUAUAAGUUCAUGUUCAGCAUGUUUCAGGAUCCGUAGUUGCCUUGCUAAGGUUUCUUAUCAGUCUAAUAUCUGCUGUCAGUUAAUUCAUUAGAUGUCAAUAGUUGAUUUUCCGUUUGAAUUUAUCUAUCAGCUAUUAAGCAGAUCAUUGUUUUGUCGUUUAUAUUGUUACAUUGAAGGAUUCAUAAUUUAUCUUGUGGUUGGCCUGUGUGUCAUGAUACAGGUCAGUUCUUUUGAACCUGUAUUUCAUCAUCAAUGUGAACAUAGCAUCUCAUACUCAACAUCAUAUUUAGUUUUUGUAUCUGGUUUUUGCUGUACGGGUUUGAAAUGGGUAUAGAGCUCUUUCCAAGCUCGUUUGUUAUGUGCAUUUUCUGUCUGAAUUCCCACCUGAUCCUGGCAUUCCCAUGUGAUUUCCUUCAUCCAACAGCCAUUUUGUCAUUUCCCAGUCUACUAAUUUGUGGGUCUUUUAUGAGCGCCAUCAGCCCAAAAGCUUUCCUGAAAAAAUAUUUUUCAGUUUCCUUCGAUUCGUGCUUUUUCGUGUCCUGCACUACCCCUCUCACACAGCAUCAUCACUGUCACUUUCCUGAUAGGAUAUUUUCUCCUCGUCCUCUUUCAUUCACCCAUAAAUUUGGUUAUACUGACACUGAUUUCAUUCUUCUCCAUGCCACUCCAAUAUCCAGGCCUCCUCCUCUGUCUGUCUCUGUUGUUAAGACCAGGUCCUGCUCAUAUAGCAGCUCCCACAUGCCUUCAUGUUUGUUAUUCCUUUGCAGCAUCUCCGAAGACUAAUUUCAAAUGAACACCAUAUUCUGUGGCUUGAAUUUCAAAUGAAUGGCGCCAGUGGUGGUGGGCUUAUUUCAUAUAAAUAGGGUUCAUCAUCUGAGUAAUAAUAUCAUUAUUAUAGUCUUCCCUAAAGCUUCUAUGUUAUUACAUAGUGCUCUUACCUGUACAGAGAGUCUAGUACUCUUUGGUUUUCAUAAUAUACCGUCAGAUACCCCUUGGGUCCAUGCCCAAAUGUUAAAAGUUCCCUUUUUGCUUGCUUACAUGUAGAUGUCCUUGUGUAAAGAUGCCCUAUUGUUGAUUUUCCUUAUGUAAAAACAAACUGACAGUUGUAUCUGAAGUCUUUUUAGCACUUAGGGGACAUUUCAUUUAGUUACAAAAAUAUCCGUAAUUGGGACCUUCUAUUUUUUGCUUGGUACCUUCAUGUAGAUCUCUCUCCAUGAAGAUUGUCUACUGUUGGUUUUCCUUUUACAGAACGAGACUGGCCAUUAUAGCUGAAGUCUUUCUUGCACUAGCGGACCACUUCAAAUAAGGAGUUGGAAGAAUGUUUGUAAUGGGGAAUUGAAGUUAUCCUCUGCAGUACAAACUUAACUUGGAUAAAUACCAUGGCUAACACUUCCUUAGGUUGGUUUUGUUUUGACCAAAUAUUUAAAGCUACUGAAGGUUAUGUUGAUACGUAUAGUUAUUAUUUACUCUAUCGAAUGUUAGAAAAUUUCAUUAAAUAACUGCUGUUUUCUG